CUGUGAAUGUCUAAAACUGGCUUUGAAAUAUUUCAGCGAAACAAAAAUCGAAAAUGAUCUACUCGGAUAAUUGCUGUUGCUGCAUAGGGCUCAAGUGUGGCUGCAUUUUGAUAGCCAUCAUUGAGGUGCUCAUCCGAGGCCUGGAUCGAUUCUUUGUGGAUCGUGACAGUGUGAUGGGAUUCUUUUCCCUGAUCGUGAGCGGUAUCUAUGUAAUUUCCUGCAUUUGUCUGUUUUUUGGAGCCCUGCUGGGACUGCGAUGUUUUCUUAUGCCUUAUCUCUCGGUAUCCUGUCUCCGUUUCUUCAUAUUAGUAGUCGAGGGUGUGUUUGUGGCCACGGAGGGAAUUGUAAACAAUUAUCUCGUCUUUGAUGUAAUUCAAUCGGUUUUGGGUCUGUACUUUUGGCUGGUAGUUUUCUCCUACUAUGAUCGUUUGAAGGAUGAAUGAAUUCUUGAUUGAUUUUUAAUUCAUAUAUUUUUUUGUAGUAAUGAUA